AUGUCAGAUAACGAUAGUGAAAUUAUUUUUACUAAACAUAAAAGCAAAACCAAAGAAAAAAAUAAUGUAGCAUCUAAAAAAACCAGAAAGAUACUAACUGGCAAGCAAAAAAAAGCGUUAUGUCAAUUUGCACAAAAUAAUCCAAACUUUACUCAACAAGAAUUGGCAGAUAAAUUUGAAAUCAGUAGAACAACUGUAGCUGAUAUUCUUGCACAAUCAUUAUAUUGGCUUGGUCUAGAUGAAGAAAACCAUCCACAAUUGGAAGAAAUUCUUGCACGAUGGUUUAAUCUUGCACUAGAAAACCAUUUAACAAUUACAGUGUUAAUUUUACAAGAAAAGGCUAAACAG